CGAAUUACGGGAUAUACGGAGGCUCUGGUCUUCUUGGGAGGGAUUGGAAACUAAGUUGCAGAGAAGAUAAUGGAUGCACAUGGUUUCUUCUUUCUCUUCUGCUGUGCGGCCACCUUCCUACUAGCAGGAGCACAAAGAGGGUUUAUCAGCAUCGAUUGUGGACUCAACGACACUGCCACUUACAUUAAUCAGUUGAACAACCUCACCUACGUGUCCGACGACGGAUUCAUUGACAGCGGAAUGAAUGGUCUGAUAGAUCCCACUAGCAUCGGGAAAGGCUCCAACAAAGUAUACUUCACGGUGAGGUUCUUCCCAAACUACAAAAGAAACUGCUAUCAGCUGCCGGCAACUGUUGACACAAAGUAUAUCGUUCGGGCUACCUUCCUGUACGGCAAUUAUGACGGCCUCGACACACCGCCAAGUUUCGAUCUCCAUCUUGGUGUGAACGUCUGGGAAACCGUGAACUUGACCGACAACAAUAAGCCGUUCUGGACGGAGUUGGUCGUCCAAGCAGAGGCACGCUUUUUAUAUGUGUGCCUCGUGAAUACAGGACAUGGAACACCUUUCAUUUCUUCUUUGAAGCUCCGACCACUCCCGCAAAACAUGUAUGCACCUGCCAAUAGCUCGCUUUACCUUGCUUUGAAAACUUUCAGGCGGGUAGACCUUGGGGCCAAGCAACCAAGUUGGUACCCGACCGACCGCUUGGAUCGCAUAUGGGAAUCAAACUACGAUGGUUAUGGGACCCCCUACAUCACAAGUUUACCGGUGACGGAGUCUGCUAACCUAAUGUUUGGGUUGCCCUCGGUCGUAAUGCAGACUGCUGUCUACUCGCCGGAUGAAAUCCGGGUCAACUGGACCGGGGGAGUUGACGACAGGUUCCAUCUUUUCUUGGAGUUUGCUGAUGUAGUGCCACCGACCGCCGGAGGAUCGAGGACAAUGAAGGUUCAGAUGAACGGCGAGGACUGGGGUGAUGCCUCGAUUUUCUACCUCCACACCAAUGUUCUCUACUCAACAACACCUCUAAAUAAUGCCUCCGAAUAUUCGUUCUCCAUUCGGUCGGCGAAUGCUUCAGACGAGGGCGCCGUCCUGAACUCCUUCGAGAUCUACAAAGUGGUUACGUUCAACGGCUCUGCAACAGAAGAAGGAGACGUUAUGGCCGUCACAGCCAUGAAGGAGUACUAUCAACUGAAGAAAAACUGGAUUGCUGAUCCAUGUCUACCUUUUCCCUGGGAUGGCUUGACCUGUGAUGGAUCGCAAACAGUGGGCCUGGACCUUUCUAGCAGUGGGCUGAGUGGUAUGAUUAGUCGCCACAUUUUCAGUCUGACAAAGCUUAAAACAUUGAACUUGUCCACCAACAAUCUCCAUGGUUCGGUGCCGCCUUUUCUGCUAGAAAUGCCAUAUUUAGUCAAUAUAGACUUGUCAAGCAACAAUCUCUCUGGCCCUAUUCCAGACCUCAUGCGUGAAAGGGUGAGGAGCGGGAAACUAACGUUAAGAAUUGAAGGCAAUCCCCAUAUUUGCUUAAAAGAUCAAUGCACCCAGGAUCAGAAGAGCCACGCGGGCAAGAAUGUUGUAUCAGUUAUAUCAAUGGUCAUAUCUCUAGUUUUACUGGUGUGCUUAAUAUUCAUCUAAAUCGGUUAUCAUCAUGAUCAAGUACUCAAACAAAAGGAAAUUGUGUGUGAGUUACCAGUAGAUCAUGCAAGAGUGUUUGCAUGUAGCAUAUAUAUAGCCACCGUACUGCUGCUCAAUGCACGUUUUCUAUGUUCGAGAGAAUGACAUUCGUUUGGGUUUUGUGUGAAGCCGUUUUUGUUUUUUGUCUCUUUAUUUACUCUGUGGGCGUUGACUAUGACUCUGUUUCGCCUUUAAUAGAUGACUUUUGGUUAGUCA